CUUCUCACUCCGGCAGUCCUGGUAUCUGGACCAGGUAGCGUGAACAGAAGCACUUGCUGGGAAGCAAUGAUGAAUCCUCAACAGAAGAAGACCUUUUCCUCUCUCCGAUUCCGUCAGCACCUCCCCCCACGGCUAGGAUGGGGCAUGAUUUUCCCCCGCUUAAAACCAGGAAGCCGGAAAGCCUGUGCCUCUGUCUCCAAUGUACCUCCUGUCUUCCCCUUCAGCCCACAGCACUGUGUACAGCUCAAGAACCUAUAUUUUCAAAAUGCCUCUACAAACUUGACCUUCUCUCAGGAGGUCGUGUGGCAGCGAGGGCUGCCCAGUAUCCCUUACAGCCAGUACAAUUUUGACUAUCUGUACAACACAGACGACAUCAUCCAGCAACACCAGACCAGGAGGACCCGGCCUGAGAAGCCUGUCAAAGUCAAGUUUUUGGAGCCCUCGGUUGCCUCCCAGGAGGUCAAGAGAGAAACCUCUGUCAAUUUGAAGCUGAAGAAAUCCAAGCCGGAAAACACAGCCCAGAAGAAAAUUUGCCAUCCUAUUCCGCAUCCCAGUGAGAACUCAGACCUGCUGGACCUCUCUGUUUCUCCAGAUAUAAACCUGGAGAAGAGAGAGACCUGGCUCCCCCCCGCUGAGAAGGAGGCCAGAGCCUGGGAAGACAUUGUUCUGGAGAAGCUGGACAAGCGCACUGCCCGAUGGAUUCAGAGCAAGCGUCCGCUGAGGCCUGGGUUUUCCCCCAACAAGUGGCAGAGCUUCUUACGCCAGCAGUACGACUGGAGCCACAUCCGAGAUGAACUCACGUCCUCCAGUGACCUGGACCUCUUGAAUCGGCUGGAGGCAGAAGAAUCAGCAGAAUUUGAGGAUCAACCUGUCACUCUACCCAGCCUGGAAAAAAAGUCAGAGAUGCUGCUUCCUGUUUAUUACAGGUUGCCCAAUUACGUGCCCCAAGUGCACACAGUUGACACCAUGACUGGCAGCAAUAAGACCACUGAGGAUAUUAAGAUAAAGAGGAGCAACACCAGGUCCUUAGAGCUGAGCUACUGCUCACAGGAUGACCAGCACACUGGAAAGUUUGUGUACUACUUAGAAGACGCCUUUGAGAGGGAGAUUUACUUCGAUAAAGUCCAGAUCACCCACCAAACUGGUGCAAAAAGAGGCCAAAUAUGCCUAGAAAAUCUCACUUGCUACAACAAGCAACUAUCUAAGGUCUUCCCUGAACCCCCAGAAAAGUGGACUUCCCAGCCAGGUCCUGAAAAAUCUUAUAGGCGUGUGAAAGGAGCCCUGCGCUGGACCGGUUUGCCUGUCCCAGCCAAGGACCUGCUUCUGCAGGUGGAUGAGGGGGACAAACCCACGAAGACCAGGAGAAUGAAGAAGCAGGUCCACUCACUGGAGGAGAAUGUGUCCUGGGAGGUUGUAGUCCUACGGAAGAUGCUGCAGGAAUGGAAGACUGCCUGGGCUCUGAUUAUUGAGUGGCACCAUGAGACGAUAGAGGGCCUGCUGCGGAGUUUGGUGGGCAUACAUGAUGACAUUCGGAUCCAAGCCAUCGUCACAUGUGCCACAGCUGCCUUAGAACGACCCCGAGUUACCAUCAGCCAGGGAAGCUCAGACGAGGAGGAUGCCAUGAUAACCCCAUCGAUUCAGGAUUUACCAGAAGUUCUGCAGCCCGCUCUGGAGGCUGCUCUUUGUGACAAGAAUAACAAUGUGCGGAUGGCCGCAGCUAUAUGCCAGUAUGUUGUACAAUCACACAACCCCCUCGCCCGGGAGAUCUUGCACACUGCCCUUUUGAAGGGUAAUAGUGUGGACAGCUGGGCUGCCGCUCAGUGUUUGGCUCUGGAAGGUGCUACCACUUACCCAGUGAUCAAGAGGAUCCUCCGUCAGCUGUUUAGCAAGAGGAACGAGGACACUGAGAAGCAGUCUUGUAUGCUCCUGCGCCACCUCAGCAGGAAGACAACCCUGAUAAAGACCAUGCUUGCUGUGGAGUUGAACAGCCGCCAGUGGAAGGACAGGAUUAUGGCUUGCCGGGCUCUCUCCUGGAUUAAUGCAAGUGUCAGUUUGGAUAUGAAGCAUAAGCUGGUUGAGCUGAUGUGGAGUGACUGGAAUAAGGAUGUGAGACAAGCAGCUGCUCAAACCCUGGGGAAAAUGAACCUUGGGAAGGAGGUGCAUGACAUAAUCAGAAUGAAGCUGGGCCAAGGAAAUUCCCAGGAGCGUGUGGAAGCCCUCACCCUGAUUGGUGAGCUGAAGCUCAUGACUGCCAAGCUUCUCCCAAACUUCCUGAACUGCUUCUCUGAUAACUUCACGGCAGUUCGGCAGGCAGCCUGCGUGGCAGCAGGUGCCCUGCAGAUCUGUGACAAGAUGGUCACUGAAUGCCUUCUGAAUCUGCUACAGAAAGAUCCAUCCUGGAAAAUCAAGGCCUUUGCCAUUCGAGCUUUGGGACAGAUUGGCCAAGUGAGUCCCCGGCUGACGGACCUCUUGCUCUGGGCUAUCCACUAUGAAGAGGCACCUGGUGUACGAUUAGAAGCUUGCCGCACCAUCGUGGCCCUUAAACUUCAAGGGGACAGGGUCAGGAAAACCUUCUUGGAUGUGCUGCUUCUAGAGAGCCAUGAAGCUGUUCUAAAAGAAAUUCACCAAGCAAUGAAGAUACUCAACUUAGAAAAUAAGGGAAACCAAGAAAUGCUUCAGGAGAUCAAUAACAGGAUUCAAACACUAAAUCAAAAGGACUUGCUGUCUCAGAAAAUAUUCUUGCUUGAAAUGAUCAUGGAAAAAGUAAAGGAUGAAGCAAAAUAUGUGUACAUACAACCAGAAGAUGGACAAAAACCACUAAAAUUCUCUACAUUCCUUCAGAAAGCUUUUCAAGCCUCUGAUAAUAAAGUGGUUGCUCCAAGACCAUCUGAGAUAUGUGACGUGGAGGCCAUCAUACAGCCUUUGAAGCCCCACGCACCAAAUCCUUGGACACAGAGCCUACUCUUGGACCUAAACACAAGAAACAAAGGUCCCAGGUCGUUUGUCAAGGAUCUGCGCACUGCCCGCGAAAAGAGGAUUGCCAUGGGACCAUUUGGUGCUGACGAUGCUGAGAAUUCUAGCUAAGUUUUUCUUUCCAGGGCAUGACCUCUCCACCUGGAAGCAAAGGUGAAUGUUUCUAGGAUGAGCUCUUCUUUUGCUCCAAGAUACAGCUGUGGAGCCAUUCAUAUUCUGUCUCUAAUUUAACUGAUGUUGUAUACUCUCUUUGUCAUUAUGUUUAUAAAGAGAAACUCAUCAAACAGUA